AUGUCUUCACAAGAACUACCAAGCCAACAGCAGACAUUGGAGGCGAGAGUGGAGCCUCCAUCAUCAGACAUCCCACUCCCAAGCUCUCCAUCUCAACGCAGGUCCGAAGAGAUUAAGAAAGAAACACCGCCAAAUACAGAGCCGAGUCAAGAGCUUGCCUGCUCCCAGCCUGAGAAACCUACCAACCCACGUCUGGUCGCUCUCGGUACCAAACGCACCAACCUCGAGGCAAAGCUCGCAGAUUUCCAGUCACAGCGGGAAGCAUUGAUCAAAGAAGCCAAAAUGCCAUCAGGACUUGAGAUGCCAGAGGAUUGGACUGACGAACAGAGAUCGAAGCAAGCCAUGGAUGGAGCCAACGCCACUAUCAAGGACCAUAUUGCGCUGCUGCACAGCUACAAUGAGAUCAAGGACAUCGGUUUGGCGCUGAUGGGACUUGUGGCGGAAAAGAGGCAGGCACGGGUCACGACGAUAAUGGAAGAGUUUGGCAUGAGCGAGAAGGAUUGA